AUGUGUUAUAUUAAACAUAGAGGGAGUAAAAUGUAGGCAAGCAAUAAACAUUUCAGAACUACUAGUCGAAUAUGAUAUGGAAGAGAUGACGAAUUUUGGCAAAGAGAUUUAUUUAUAGACUAAUACACUUGAAACAAAUAUCCACACUUAAAACUGCAGACAAUACUAGUGCCUCCCCCGCGAUCAAACCGAUAUAUAAAAAGAAACGCAGCCUAACGUGGUCAGAAGGUAGUCGCAGCAAUAAAGACUUGAGUGCGUGCGUGUUCACGCGAAGGGGGAGAACACCGGAAAUAUAUAUUUUUUGCGGAAAGAGUAGUGUGCUGAAUUUUGGAUCAGUUAUCUAAUGUUUUCUCUUCAUUCGUGUUUUUGAUUUUGACAUAUCCUGCUUAUUUGGUGGAACGAUGUCGGCUGUACCUCCCAACAGACCUUCAACCGGUUGGCCACGCCGUGGACUGAACCAGUUCGAAAACAAAUACACCAGCCCGCCUUCCAAACCUGUCACGCUGGAGAGAACCAUCAACUUAUAUCCCCUCACGAAUUACACGUUUGGCACAAAGGAACCUCUCUACGAGAAGGAUAGCUCGGUAGCGGCUCGGUUCCAGAGGAUGCGCGAUGAGUUCGAAAAAGUAGGCAUCAGGCGGGCAGUGGAGGGUGUUCUGAUCGUACACGAGCACAGGCUACCACACGUUCUACUGCUGCAGUUGGGGACAACCUUUUUCAAACUUCCUGGUGGAGAAUUGAAUGCAGGGGAGGACGAAGUGGAUGGACUGAAGCGAUUGAUGACUGAGAUCCUGGGGCGUCAGGAUGGAGUGAAGCAGGACUGGGUGAUCGAUGACUCUAUUGGAAACUGGUGGAGACCCAACUUUGAGCCCCCACAGUACCCCUACAUCCCAGCACACAUUACCAAACCCAAAGAGCACAAGAAGCUCUUUUUGGUUCAGUUGCAGGAAAAAGCACUGUUUGCAGUGCCCAAGAACUAUAAGCUGGUGGCUGCCCCUCUCUUUGAGCUGUAUGACAAUGCCCCAGGCUACGGGCCAAUCAUAUCCAGUCUCCCACAACUGCUGAGUAGGUUCAACUUCAUAUACAAUUAAAUCCUACUACUUGAAUGUGGCGACACAAGGACUGUCUCUGUGAGUUCAGCCUGGACAGAAGAGAAUGGGCAAGCAGGAUUUCACUACACUUCUCUUAAAACAGAGUCCCCAGUGAUACUACACAUUUAAAUAUUGAUCUGGAUGUUUAGAAAAUAAGAGAAUGUAUAAUCUUUCUGUGUCAACUUUUAUAGAACUAUUACUUUGUGACAUGAAACAUUUUGUAGUCACACAAGUAUUGAUUUUCUAUGUUUGUAGAUGGGAGUUGACUGUUUUUAGAACAGUGCUUGUUUUUUAAAAUCAUUGUAACAUACUACUUUGUCAUCUUUCAUUACUUUUUAAGGAAUUACCAAGGAGUUAUCUUUUAUUUUCAAUUAAAGAUGGCUUUAAAACAACUAAGAAA